AUGUUCUAUGGUCGGCCAUGGUUCUCCAACAUCGCAGUUCUUGGGGAGGGUGACGAUGCAGAGCCUCUCGAAUGGUUGCCUUCACGGCACCUCCAUCCUUCUCUCAUCCAUCCGUCCCUCCCCCAACCCCCUUUUUCCUUCUGCCCUCCUGCCAGCGGCCUGUCCUACAACUACCUCACAUACCGCGUGCCACCACUAGCUGCGGGGCUCAAAGACUUCGACGUGGGCUUUAACUUCCUCUCGGGCUCCUUCCCGACCAACUCCGCCACAUCAUGCGGCGCCAACAACAACUGCUUCCAGGCUGUCACCGGGUGCACCACCAAGGGCACGGUGCAGCGCAGCAUGGGGUGCAGCUUCUGCCUCUCCGACACGGCGCAGGGCAUGCUGUGCUACGGCCGCGACAUCUGUACCGUCGACGCCUCUGCGCCCUUCGCGGCUGGCACGCCCAACGCUGUUGGGGCCACCACGCUGCCGCUAGCUUGUGUUGAUGUUCUGUGCGCCACUGCCUCGCUUGUCAUGUGUCCCACCGACUGGCGCUGCAGCGGACUGCAAUGCAUUGGGAACAACUUUGCCAACUGCUUUGGCUUCCUUUGGACUGGCUAG